UGCCCAAGAAAACAACAACGUUCCUGGAGAAGACCCCUGGUCUCAUGAACGGACCAACGGAUCUCGGGAACGGCAGCAUUCUGGAGCCAGUCCUCCGGCUCAGGAAAGAACAUGUGCCCAACAUUGCUGGGCCAAAACGCGAUGAUAGUGACAAAUCUAGUGAGCCAGGGCCCCUCUUAGUGGAGCCGCCUACGCCUUCUGAGCAGGAAAAGAGUUCUGACGAUGCCAGGGAAGAUGACGUGGCACAGGAAGAUGAAGGAUUUAUGGGGAUGCUGCCUCUCCUCCAAGCCCAUCACGCCAUGGAGAGAAUGGAAGAGUUUGUGUGUAAAGUGUGGGAGGGCAGAUGGCGUGUCAUCCCCCAUGAUGUCUUGCCUGAUUGGCUAAAGGACAAUGACUACCUGUUGCAUGGACACAGACCACCCAUGCCCUCUUUCCGGGCUUGCUUCAAAAGCAUUUUCAGAAUACACACCGAGACUGGCAACAUCUGGACACAUCUACUAGGUUGUGUGUUCUUCCUUUGUCUGGGAAUACUCUACAUGUUCCGGCCAAACAUGUCCUUUGUAGCACCCGUGCAGGAGAAGGUGGUGGUUGGAAUGUUUUUUUUGGGAGCCAUUCUCUGCCUCUCCUUCUCGUGGCUCUUCCAUACAGUUUACUGCCAUUCAGAAGGUGUGUCGAGGCUCUUCUCCAAGUUGGACUACUCCGGCAUUGCCCUUCUCAUUAUGGGCAGCUUUGUUCCUUGGCUCUACUACUCGUUCUAUUGCAACCCUCAACCGUGUUUCAUCUACCUGAUAGUGAUCUGUGUCCUGGGCAUUGCAGCCAUUAUAGUCUCCCAGUGGGACAGAUUUGCAACCCCUCAGUACAGAGGAGUACGAGCAGGAGUGUUUCUGGCUCUGGGCCUUAGUGGGGUCAUCCCCACACUGCACUUUGUCAUCUCAGAAGGGCUCCUCAGGGCUGCCACGAUGGGGCAGAUCGGCUGGCUGGCCCUCAUGGCUAGCUUGUACAUCACGGGUGCUGCCCUGUACGCCGCUCGCAUCCCAGAAAGGUUCUUCCCGGGCAAGUGUGACAUCUGGUUCCACUCCCACCAGCUGUUCCAUGUGUUCGUGGUGGCUGGUGCCUGUGCACACUUACAUGGUGUUUCAAACCUUCAGGAGUUCCGCUUCACAGUUGGAGGAGGCUGCUCGGAGAACGAGAUGCAGUGAGCAUGGCCAGACACCCGGGACUGUAACCAAAAGAGAACCGUGGGAGAAGCCAGGAGUUGACCAGGCGGCUG